CAGUUCCCGUGAUUUCUAACAAUUUCACCAUCUUUUCGGUAUUUCAAUUCCACUCGACGCCAAUACUUUGCAAGCAGGCCUCACAGUCGCAGUCCAGUCUUCGAUAAUCACUUUGUCGGAAAUUUUCGUCCCAUUGAAGUUGAGGUUGAAUAAGUGAACUAGAUAAACCAUAAUCCAGCGGUGUACUUGUAUUGCUAGAUCCUACCUUCAAAGAACAUGUUUUGGUACUGAGUUUCCCAGAAAUUAAAUUAUAUCAGUUCCUAAAAACCAAGACUGUACUCCACCAAGUUGCUGUAUUGCCAUUAUUCCAGUGAGCUUGUUUGUAUUUCUUAUUCCAGUCAGAAAUUGUUUUGUGAGCUAAAUUAUACCAGUCAUAUCUGUUCAAGAUUGCCAUUGGCUUUUGUGGAAUAGUUUCUUGGAAAUCCCUGAAAGCUGAUGGAAGCUCGCACGUCUCUUGUUUCAAGUGAUGGACCAAUGCAACGAACUUUGACUCCACUCAGAGUGUUGAGGGGUGUGAUUUGUUUACUUGUGUUACUUUUGACAGCAUUAAUGAUGUUAGUGUACUGUGGCUUUUUGACGGCUGUUGUUUUCCGACUAUUCAACUUACACUACAGCAGGAAAGCAACAUCCUUUUUCUUUGGCAGUUGGCUAGCUUUGUGGCCUUGUUUAUUUGAAAAAAUAAACAAGACUAAAGUGGUAUUCUCUGGAGACCUUGUUCCUGCCGAGGAACGAGUAUUAGUUAUUGCAAACCACAGAACCGAGGUUGAUUGGAUGUACUUGUGGGACCUUGCAUUGCGGAAGGGACGCCUAGGUUACAUAAAGUAUAUUCUUAAGAGCAGUUUGAUGAAACUGCCUGUGUUUGGUUGGGGGUUUCAUAUUAUGGAGUUCAUUCCAGUGCAGAGGAAGUGGGAGGUUGAUGAGCAAAUUAUGCGCAACCUGCUUUCAUCCUUUAGGAAUCCCCAAGAUGCCCUUUGGCUGGCCGUGUUCCCAGAAGGCACAGAUUUCACUGAACAGAAGUGUAUUCGUAGUCAAAAGUAUGCUUCUGAAAAUGGACUGCCUGUCCUAAAGAAUGUCCUGCUUCCCAAAACAAAGGGUUUUUGUGCCUGCUUGGAGGAAUUGAGAGGCUCCUUAGAUGCAGUUUAUGAUGCUACAAUUGGGUACAAGCAUCGGUGCCCAUCUUUCUUGGACAAUGCAUGUGGGGUGGACCCAUCCGAAGUUCACAUUCAUAUUCGGCGUAUUCCUCUUGCUGACAUCCCAACAUCCGAAGACAAGGCAGCUUCUUGGUUGAUGGAUACAUUCUGUCUCAAGGAUCAGUUGCUCUUUGAUUUUUAUUCAAAGGGUCAUUUCCCUCGUGAAGGAAUAGAAGGAGGUCUGUCUACCAUGAAGUGUCUGGUAAACUUCAUUUUUGUAAUCAUCUUGACCAGCAUAUGUGCAUUUCUCACCUUUUUUUCCUCCAUUUGGUUCAAAAUUUAUAUUUCCCUUGUUUGUGCAUAUCUGGCAUCUGCUACAUAUCUUGAUAUUCGACCAUCACCCAUUGUGGCUUUUUGAA